GCACGUGUGACAAUCGCAUACUCUCAUAGUUUAAAUUAUACUUUUUUCGUAUAUUGAGCACUAUAUCACUAACAUCAAGCAAUGUUUUAUAAUAUAUAGUGUAGAACCACAAUAAAAAUGGCACUGAAUCCUUUAAACGAAUUAAAACGGCGCUUGGAAGAUAAAACAAUAGUCCUACCAAAACGUCUCUGUCUGGCGCGAAAUGUCAUCCACUCCCCACACUUCCCUGCUGGUCCAAAGGAGAGAGUCGUUGCAGAAUGGCUCGAUGGAAUAACAAAGCAGAAUGGACUCUCUGGAGGGGAGCUAAGGAAUAUUCUAGGCUGGAUCAGUAUUGGUGAUGAUUUGAGUGGCGAUUUGAAAACUACACUAAUACAGAUUGUGUCAGAUUAUGUUAAAAACAGCACAUUAACACUUGAGGAUAUCCAUUCAAUUCUCAACUUCUUGGAAAAUGAAAAACUUGCCAAACAAGUUACAGAAAAUAUUGAUGAAAACCUAUUUGUAUCCAUUGCAUUACUGCGAUUAUUAAGAAACACUGUUAUCAAAGAUGUAAAUAAAGUUAAUAUUCUUACAACAAGAAUUCUAACUCACCUCACAAAACACUAUAAAGAGUCAAAGAAGAAACUUGAAUUUAUAAUAAAACUAUUAGAUGGAGAAAACUUAGAAACAAUAUUCAGUUUACUAGAUACUGAAAAUCGUAAUUUGGUUAUAGAGUUAUGUCAGAACAUCCUUUUUCCAAUGAAUAAAAAAACUUUCUUCAUCAGCUUCUUACAGACUUUAGUAAGAAAAGAUAAUAUUGAUGAAUUGAUUGCGGAAAAAGGAGACAAUAUUCAGUCAGUGUUGAAAAUAAUGAAUACAUUCUUCGAGUUCCCAAAAGGCCGCACUUCAAAAGACUUCAAUUUCUUAUGUAAUUUUGUUGAUGUUUUUGUGUCAUGCUUUAAAGGAGAACAUCAGCUUAUAUUUGCUUUAUAUAUAAUUACUACUUCAUCUUUGAACAUGACGCAAAAGUAUUUAAAUCCUAACAUGAUUUUAUCUUCAAUUGUAUUUGAAGAAAAUGAUGACAAAAUUAAAAGGAAUAUUUUUCUUAAGUUCCUUGAUAUUUUACUAAAAAACGAAGUUGAUAUCAGUGUCAGAUUGACAGAUACUUUUGGUGAGAAGAUAUCUAAAGUUGAGAUUAAAAAGAACUUUACUGGAUUUCUCCAAAGCAUUAUGAUGGGGCUCUUGAAACUAGAAGGAAAGCCUGAUAAAACUACAAUGAAUAUAAUAAAUGUAGCAUUGCAAUUGGAUCCAAUAUUAAUUGAACAAAAGUUAGACACAAUCCUGCCACCAAUUAUGGCUGCUAAGAAAAAUAAUUCAAGCACUAUGGAAACAUACACCUCCAUGGUAAAAUGCCUUCUACACACCUUAUUUAAACUUAGCAGAGGCACUUUAUUCAUCACGCAAAUACUACCAAAUGUAAAACUUAUUUUAGAAGCUUGCAACCCAGAGCAAUUUGAAUUGAUACAAAAAUCAAAAGAAGAUGAUUCAGAGAAGAUCAAAAGUAAGAUAAUCACAAGCAAUGAUAUCAUACCACAAGAAUGUGUGGAAAUGUAUGGAAGAUGGACUUCAGAGUUAAUGUUUAGGCAAAACAGUGAACUACUGGUGACUUUACACAAAGAUUUCCAAGUACACUGCCUUAUGAUGUUGGAAGAAGGUUAUGUCAGUCCCUCGAUCAUAACUCUGGCUGAAGUCCUGGCGGCCAUUUUGUGCAGCUUUUUCGAGAACAGCAAGAUGGCAGACCACACGGUCCCGCGCCACAUCGCGGAGGAGUUCUGGAACACAUUUGGAAACUUCGAGAAUGAAUGCUUGAAGAAGUUGGGAGAGUGUGUACUGAAACUAAAUUAUAAUCCCAAUUUAGCUAACGCAUUUUUAAAGCUUUGCGUAAGCUUCUCCAGACUGAAACUGAUUAAUUUAAAAUAUGGCAACAUUAAAGUGGACAUGCAGGCUGGCAACACCAGUGCAGUUAUCGACUUUAGCCCGAUACUGCCGUGUUUGAAGACGAAACAAUGGGUAACGCUGGCUGGUAAGGUUCAGGAGGAGGAUUCAAGGUUGCAAUUGGAUCACCUAGUAGCCAACAAAAUCCUAGCAGUGGAGUUACUAAAAACAAACCCAAAUAUAAAAACAGAGUCGGAAAUAGAAGACAAAUCACACUUAAUAAAGCAACUUACCAGUUCGGAUUGCUUAAAAGAUGACAGUUAUUUUAACAAAAUUGUAAUGACGAACAUAGAAAGGGGACACGCAAAACAACUGGCAAAAUACUUAGUGAAAUUAUAUUUAAGUAAUAUCGAAAUAGAUAUAUUUAAACGUAGUUCCGUGAUAAAUAAUAGACCAUUGCUAAAUGCUCUGGUGUUGGAGACAUUGAAAAAUAUAAGUAAAUGUCUAGAAAACGCAGAUGAAUUGACAAAAGCUUUGAGUAAAUCAGAGUUUGAUUUGACAUUAUUUUUAAAAGACAUUGAUGUGAAAGAGUAUUUUAACAAAUUAUCUGUAACCGAAGAAAGUGAAGUAGCUGGAUAUUUGGAAAUAUUGAAGCAAUUGCAGAUCUACUAUUUGGAAGAAAAAUAUCAAUUGGCAGCGAUUUUUUUAAUGUUAGCAGUGAAGAAAAGUGUUAGUAAAAAAUUGAAACGCAAUAUUGAUCAUAUUUUGCAAAGUAUUUACGAAUUAACCCCAAAGAAUCCGGACUUAUACAAAAUAUUCCCAGUGAAUUUCUUGUUUUCUUUCACAACAUUAGAUUCACGAGAAGAUUCACAACAAGACAUAACAUUAAUAGAAUUAAUGACACUUAAAAUAAAAACGUCCAAUAACCUGCUUCUGAUCAAAAGCACAUUAGAAACUGGAGUGAAAAAAGUUAAAACCGACAGCGAAAUUGUCAAAAGCAUAGUCAAAAUACUUCUCAAAAAACAAAAAAGCAAAAACAACUCAACUGAGUAUUUCUGCGAUCCAGUAUUCCAAAUAAGCUGUAUAAUUUUACCGAUUAUAGCUAAAGAGAAACGAGCUAUUACUACAAGCGCUUACAGAUCUAUAUUAGCCGAUUUGCAAGAAAAAAUACACAAGACUAUGCUGGAUGCGUUUAAAAAAAUAGAUUUUAGUGAAACUAGAUCGUUUAGUCAAGAUACUGGCAACAUUGAAGACUCGGUAGUUUCUGACAAUAUAAUGGCGGCACUGAAUGCGAUGGAGGCAUAUUCCCUCACAUUGUCGAAGUAUUGUGAAACAAAUGAUGCUGCGGAAAGUAAGAAUUUGGACUUCCUUUGGUCCGGAUUGAAUUUCUUCAUAGAAAAUGCUAUACAAGCGAUCCAAAACCCAGACUCCAAAGCACCACACAUCGAAUCAUCUAUACACCUACUAAACGUAUCACUGCGUUACAUGAAGAAACUCGAAACCCACGACAUUUUCAAAGACAAGGAUGGUUUGUUUUUAAAAAUAUGGCGCAGCAUAAAAAACAGAUUGCUUAUGGCUUAUGAUAAAACACAAAAGAAGAGAAUUAGUGAUAGUUGCUUGGAACAUAUAAGUACUUCUUUGAAGUUUGUAUUGGAGUUGUCGUCUAUUGAGUGCUUUACUAAGCAGUUUGUUGGUGAUUUAGGCAGUUUGGCAACUCUGAAGGAUCUACAAUCUCUAAAAGAUGAAACUACAGCGAACACAGUCUUAACCUCUCACAAAGUAUCGAAAUACUUGACCACACAAUGUCUCAAAGCCAACAUAACGGGCCCAAAAUGUGCCGCCUUGUCCAAACAAACGUACAACACAUGUAAAACAUUAAGGUCCUGGCUUAAAGAUAAUUAUGAGUAUGGUUUGGAAGUGAAAGGAGAGAGGAUAGUGGUUGAGGAGAAGGAAGUGAUAGUGGGAGACGUUGUUUGUGAUGUGUUGAGGAGUGGUUUGGAGGUGCUGUCGGAAAUCGUUUUGGGUGCAAGGAGGAUAAUCCUCGACUACAAGUUCCUAGACUCGAUCUUCGAGCUCCUCCACCAGAUACACGGCAUUCUGUGCUGUAACAAGCGCGUAAGGUGCACAGUGGCCUGGCCGGCGUUCUUUACGCUGUACGACGGGUCGACGGCCGUGUUGAACAGUUUGCUCGUGUCCAGGGAGGAGAUAUUGGAAGACAGAUGGCCGUGCUACAUGCAGUGCUACAGGGCGCUUGUGUUUUCCCUGUGCGAGCGAUCUUCCUCGCAAGUGAAAUUGGACAAAGCUACAGAAGAUCGGCUCGCUGAGGCAGCACAUUCUAUUGAAAAAUUAACCCAAUCCAUCUGCAAGCGAAAAACCCACAUAUCCCGCCUCGCAACCUACACCGUAGCCGACAUCUCCUCCUGGCUGGAACGCACGGCCCCUUGCAAGAUGGUCCGCCAACAUCUAGAGAACUCCGUAGUACUGUUCAUACAGGCGUCCGAUAGUACGCACGCUAUGGCGUUCUUGAGGAGGGCAUUAGCGGGCUCGCCAGGGCAGAUGACUAUGACUAACUUGUAUACUAUGUAUAAGAGGUAUCAUAAGUAUACAGGCAAUGCCUAAUAAAAAACUAGAUAACUUCGUAGUACUGUUCAUACAGGCGUCCGAUAUUACGCACGCUAUGGCGUUCUUGAGGAGGGCGUUUGCUGGCUCGCCGGGGUAGAUGACUAUGACUAACUUGUAUACUAUGUAUAAGAGGUAUCAUAAAUAUGUGGGCAAUGCCUAAUAAACAACUAGAGAACUCCUUAUCACUGUUCAUUCAGGCGUAUGACUAAUUUGUAUACUAUGUAGUAUUAUAGAGACCGUGCGCGUUGGAGGGUCUGCCAUCUUGUGACCUGAAUCGGAACCAUAAACAUGUACACGUCACGUGUUUUCUUGUGCAUAGUAAGUGCUGCCAUCUUGUGGGCUACAUCGGAACAAUAAACAUCACAUUUACUCCUUGCGCCAAAAAUCUGACGGCUCCUGUGCUGCCUCCUACAGUUCAUGCACGCUCCCUAUAAAUAUGUGGGCAAUGCCUGUCCAUACAGGCGUCUGAUAUCUUGACUUGAACUUAAAAUACGCAAUUUUAGUUUUGAUCGAACUCGUCGAUUAUUUAUUUUUUAUCAAAACAAAAAAAAACAAGCGUGAUAUUCGCGAUCACGCUUACUCUCAGUGAGAGUGAGACAAGAACGGGGGGAGAGUGAGACGGGGCCUUAAUAAGAGAAACCUAUCAAAUGAUAAUAUUAAACAUAUACAUGUGUCAGUAGGCCUAGCACAUGAUUGGCGCGACAGUAACUCGCGGCGAGAUAGACUACCCAUCUUUUCCUAACUAUGUUAAUUAAAGAAGGACGGGAUACUGUCGCGCCAAUUAUGUGCUAGACCGGCUGGUGAUUUAUUUGACUUCUGAUUUAUAAUCGAUGUAAUUGCAAAACAAUUUAGACCUUUAUUUUACCUCUUAUGUUUGCACAACUGAAUUCAUUGUAAAAAGGAAAAAAAAAAAUCGUAUGCAUUAAUUAUAGGAAAUGAAAUAAUGGAAGACAUCUGUAUGUAUUAAGCUACUAAGUUUCAAAAUUCAUUGAUUUCCUGUGGAAGUUGUUAUUGGUUGGAUGAAUAAAGAUGUUUAUUUAUAUUAAA